AUGGCAGAUGAUUAUGAUCGAUCAGUAGAAUAUUUUCUUAAUCAAGUUCGUGUUGGACAUUUACCAUAUGGCAUAACUACUAAAGAAGUAUCUGCGUUCUUUGAACGAUUUGGUCCUAUUAUAAAUUUAUUUUUAAAACGUCGUAUAUCGAGAGAUUCAUCUGUUUUCUUAUCUCAUCCAUAUGCAUUUAUUGUUUUUGAUAAAUCAGAUAGUGUUGAUCAAGUAAUGGCUGCACGACCAUUUUUUAUGGGUGAUUGUCAGCUAUUUGUACGACGUUGCUUGCCAAUCACACGAAAAUAUCCAUAUGAAGCAUUUCUUACCGUUAAGAAAAUACUCAUACGUACUGAAUCAGAAAAGAACGAUGAAAUAUUACCUGAUGAUAAAACAAUUAUUGAAUAUUUAACAGCAGCCAAUGGUAAAAUUGAAUAUUUUGAAAGACUUGACAAUAAAACUGUCUUAGUUCAAUUUGAUGAUUAUGAUCCUGUUGAUAUAUGUUGUCUUUCAAGACCUCAUUUGAUUAAAAAUCAACCAGUUGAAAUUGAAAAAUGUAGUGAUGAAGAACAAGCUCGUCUUAGAAUUGAAUUUCAACAAAAAUCACAUUCUGUUUCUACUGAACUUUCUUCCACUUCAAUUGAAUCUGAUAUUAAUGAUCAAACUAUGAACACUAGUUCAUCAACACCAACUUUAUCAAUUGAUAAUCAAAUUACACAACUUCGAUCAGCAUAUAACGAUAUAACAAAUCAUUUAGAACGGCAACAUGAACAACUCGUAGCUUCAUUGUCAUCUGAAUGGGAACAAACAGCAAAAGAACGUAUUCGUCUUCAACGUUUAACAUUAGAUUAUAAACAAGAAUAUGAACGACUUACAAAAGAAAAUCGUCAAUGGCAAAAAUUAUUUAGUGAUAGUCUUCGAGAAAAACCAGAUGUUCAAAAUGAAGGUGAACGUAAAUUGCAAGAAGCAUGUAGAAAAACUUCAAUAGCAAUGACAAAAUAUAAUGAGUUGAUAAAAAAUACUCAAUAA